UAACAACAAUUUCGUUGGCGCAGCAGAAAUAAAACAUAUAUUUUAUGGCGUUGUUCAACUUCAAUCAUAUUGAAAGACGACAUAGAGAUAGUUAUUCUUGAACUUGAAAUUGUUUAUGAUAGAGUUACAGAUACUGUUAGAGACGAUUGAGAAUAUGAGCUUGUUCUUGAUGGAGGUAAAAGAUGAGUUCUGCGGUUACUACUUUUAUAUAGCUAAAGACUCUUCCGCUUCCCACACUUCCCACUAUGGAAAAGAGUCAAAUUAGAAGUGAGUUCCUCUGCUAAUGCUAUCGCUGUCCCUGGAGAAGAAACCUUCUUUGUAAGUGAAUUCUCUUUAGUGUUUUUUCUUGGAAAUGCUUUCCUCCAUCAACUGCCGAAGAAAGUAGGCAUUUCACAUCCGAACUGUUCUCAGUUCUCAUCCUCUGCUACUCAGUUCUCAUCCUCUGCUACUUAAUACAGUUGUGCCCGUAUCUUCCUUGACCUCGACCUCGUCUGCGUAUUCCGUUCCUCUGUCCAGAUGAAGUCUUGUAUAAUCAGUAAGAGUGUAACUAAUGUUAUUUCUUGAUCCUGACCACCUCUUCACCGGUUGUAACCAACCUAGUAGUUAUUCUAACCUUAGACAUUGCCAUUGGUCGAGACCUUUGCGUCACGCUGCUGGACUACGAGAA